AGUAGCCGUCAUACGGACGUCGUCCCGUGUGUGCAUGUCAUGCAAUGGCCGCGGUACCUUUCAUUCAUGUCAUUUUGCAGAUUUUGUUCUGUUGGAAUUUACAUUCCAGGUGAAAUAAUUUACUGCUGUGGGAUUUAACUUCACCCAGAGCAGUAGUACACGCACUCCUUGGCAGCUUGUGAGCAACUUAAGCUGUAAUUAUGUGGAGCAGAGGUGAAUAGGAUCAGUUCGGUGCUGGAAAAGCAUGAAAAGAGUUGCUACGGACGCUGCACACAACGACGGCUAGUGUGUGGAAAGAUCGAAGUCGUGUGGGACGUGUGUGUUGAGAGUCAGCAGUAAUUGAAUUAGUUCAGUCAGUUACUACAUCACACAACAAGUAGUUGGCCAUUGGCAUUGUGCAGUACGUGUAGGAAAGAUCAGUCGUGUGUAACAAUUCCGCAGUUCGUGGACAAACCGUUUUCCUCUUGAGUGAGCAAAUUCAGCUGAACAACUAUCUUCUGUGUUUUUAACAGAAUGUCAGCCCCCAAGAAACCUGACCCACCCAUCGUGGGUAAAGUGACCCACCACACCAUUGAACUACAGUGGGAUGCUGCAGGUAGUAAUGACAAGGUAGAUAAAGGCGAUGGUAGACUCCGCUUCACAAUACAGGAGGCUGAUAGAAUACAUGGAUGGGGAAAUGUCUACACUGGCUAUGCAACAAACAAUCUCUUCCAGGGACUGGAGCAAAACUCUCUCUAUAAAUACAGACUCCGAGUCUUCAACAGUCACGGCAGCAGUGAGUUCAGCCGGGUCAUCACUGUCUCCACAACAAAGGAACCGCUAAACGGCGAUCAUCUUCACAAGGCAGUGGGUUUGACCCAAGAUGUCGACAGGGUAGCAGAUAUCUUGGAGUCUGGUGACGUGUGGGUGGAUGUGCCAGAUAGCUUGGGUUUCACUCCACUGAUGAUAGCUGUGCAGAAGGGUAACAUUGACAUAAUUGAAACGCUGAUGCGGUUCGGUGCCGACAUCAACGCAGUAAACGGAAGCGGUAAAGACAGCCUGAUGUUGGCAUGUUUUGCUGGACUCUUGCCCGUCGUCAAGCUGUUGCGUUCUUACGGAGCAACGUAUGAGAGCAAAGACAAGGGGGGAUCAAUGGCGAUGCACUGGGCAGUGGACGGCGGAAACGUUGCUCUGAUUCAAUCCAUGGUCGCUGAUGGUGCAUCGGUAAAUGAGAGAGACUCUGGCUCAGGAUGGACCCCACUGCUACGCUGCGCUGCCAUGGGAGGCGAUCCCAAUGUUGCUAAGGUGUUAAUGAAUGCUGGCGCUGAGGUCAAUAUCAAAGACAAAGAUGGGAAAACACCCCUCAUGAUUGCGUGUCUUAAUGGUCACGUUACUUUGGUUCAAGCCUUGGUAGAGAGAGGUGCAGACCCAACAGUUCGCACAGAGUUUGGCAUGUCUGCUGUAGAAAUGGCAAACUCAUUUGACAGAAAGAGAGUGAUGAAGUACUUUUCUGAGGUUCUGGAUAAAGGCAAGCUGAAAGAAAGUCUUGUCUCAAGUUGAUUGAUUCCAUGAUGUCCUCAUCUCAUUCAACUUCCAUUAAGGUGCUAGCUAGGCAGAAAAGUGGUCGAUGAGUUAAACAAAAACAGUCACAAGACGCUUUUGAUGGUAACCUGUUUGUUUGUUGGCUUUUGUUUAAUAAGCUUUGCAGAGGCUUUUUCUGUUAUUUGGCGAGCCUACACAAUGUGAAAAAGAAGGUCAGCUAUUCCUAAUUUUUUUCCAAGCACCUGGUAAGAGUUGUUUAUAUUAUAUUUUCUGUUUACUUUUAAAGAAUUACUUGCAAAAUACAGUGUACACAAAUUUCUCACAACAAUUUCUUAUGAUUCCACUUGUAAUUUAAGACAACUGUGCCCACAUAAUUAUUAUAAAUUGUAAACAAGGGUUAGUUGGGUAUUCUAUGGGAGUUGAUAAUGUGUACUAAGUAAGCAGCAAUGUUUUGUUGCUACCUCCAAUACUAGACAUUGGAACACUGUGUGGUACAGGCAUACCAGUUAAAUUUAAUUGUUUUAUGUUGUUCUGAUCAUUUGGGGUUGAACAAAGAUAUUUUCACGGGAUUUGAACCAACGACCUGCAGAACAUGUGCCACCAACUGAGAGCCAUCAAGCCUAAAUGUUGGCUGUCUCUCUAUUUUCAUCAAUUUCUUCGUUUUGGGUGCCUGUCAGAAGCCAUACAACCGCUACCUGUUGUGUAGCCACCCAAAUUAAACAAUGCAACCGGGGUAGCAGCAGCCGGGGAUCACAUUAACAGAUUGCAACGUCAUUUCAUAUAUCAAAUAAUAAACCACAAGGGAAAGUGACUUGGUAACAUUGAAAAUAUUUUGGAUGGAACAAAAUUGCUAACCAUGUGCUUGUUUCCAAGAAUAAUGGAUUUACUUGGUGCUGCCUCCUAGCUUAGCGUUCCAAAAAGUUUCCUGUUGCCAACACUUGUAGGUGGGCUUUUGUCAGUGGCAGUUUUUUAUUGAUUUUUGCAAUUUGGAUGCCACAUUAGAAUUAGCAAGUUACUCAUUUUGUUUUGAUGCUCAAGUUAUUGCAAUGAAUUUACUUACUGUACCAGAAACAAAAAUUCCUAUCGUUUCAUGUAAAAAUACUGGUUAAUCUGUAUAUUUUUGUAUUGAUUGAUAUAAUUGUUCAAAUUUAUGUAUAAAAUCCGUCCAAUAAGAAGUUACAGGUGUAGGGAUCGACUUGGUUGAAAAGUAGACAUAAAUAUUUGAUGUUGUAACAAAAUUAUUGAAAGUGCGUUCUGCUUUGUAGUCUUUCACUGUUUAGAAAAUUACUGCCAUCCUAAGCCAUGUGUACUGUUGCCAUUGCUUGAUUGUAAGACUGAAUCAACAGGGGACAAUUUCAUGAAGCUGCUAAGCAGAAAAACUGCUUAGCAAAUAGCAAAUUUCUUUGCUAAGCACAAAAUGAGCGGAGCACCUAACAAUUUAAACUUCAUGGAUAUAUGUUUUAGUGAAACUCAGCUACUAUAUUGAGCAUAGUCUUGAUCCAAGACGUUAGUGAUCCAUAGAAGACACGAGAAGGGCACGCUGUAAAGAAUUACAACUGAGCAGCUAGUGUCUAUCCACUAUCAACGGGCCAAGACCAUUUUUAGCAUUAGUUAAUGACUACAGAUAUACAAAUUCAAUGAUACUUUCCUGUAAUAUAGCACAAAUGAUACCAUCAUAUGCACUAAAAUGUUAUAUAAUAUUCAGCUGAGAUUCAUAUUUCAAAAUGUGUUUUAUUGGAAGGCGUCCAUUUGACUAAUGAUUAUAAUUAUUUUAGUAUAAGUGCCUUAUUAAAAUGUUGGUUCAAAAAAAUAAAUAUUGUAAAAGAAUGUCUGGAAAAUGCUGUUGUUUUCUGAUUAUUUUAUUUGAUUGAGUCAUAUGUAGCUAUGUCAUACUAAAGGGACGGAGGGGGAGUAGAUAAC